AUGGAAAUAGACGUGAGAGCAAGAGGACAAGCGAUUAUACCAUUGGGGUUAUUGAUAAUAAGAAAAAGAGUUGAUGCUACUGGUAUCUCCGCUGAUUCGGUGCCUGCGUGUAAGUCGCAUUAUACAUCGUGUCUUCUUGGGCAGUGUUUCUUUACAGGGAAGAUUGUCAUUGACUUAUACCUGCAAGAUAACAAUAAGCAAAUGGCUCCAAAUACAUUACAUAUUCCAACUUCUGCAUUACAAAAAGGAUUACUUGCGCGUGGUUCGGCAGUAACAGCACUUUUAAAUCCUAUGAGAGCAGAUAUGGUAGCAGCAAUGGGUGAAACAGCAGCUUUUUGGCCAAUAUUAGAAAAAAUUCGUCAAAGAAUGGAAGACGAUAUAUGCGGUAGAAAAAUUUUAAGAGAUCGAUCAAGAAUAACGAAUGCUGCUGUUGAUUUAAAUUACCUCCGAACACUUCCUCGUGGAACACUUGGCAAAGAAUAUUCCAUAUUUCUCGAAAGAUUGAAUACUGCUCCAGAUGAACGUCCUUCUGUCAAGUUUGUUGAUGAUGACGAUUUGAUUUGCAUAAUGCAGAGAUAUCGCGAAACGCAUGAUUUCAUUCAUCUAAUUUUGCAAAUGAAGACUACUUUGCUCGAAGAGAUAGAUUUCAUAUUAUUCAAGAAUGGUAAUUGGCUGACAAUUUUGACAUCAAAAAUUACUGUCAAGUGUUUUGAAGGCAUACAGCUUGGUUUACCAAUGUGUAUUCUAGGUGGUGUGUUUGGUGGUUUGAGAUUGGACCCAAAGUGUAUUGAAAUCUUGAUACUUAACAAUGGUGCAGCACAAAAUGAAGAAGAAGACAUCGCUACCAAAUGGUGUGAAACAGAAGAAAAUAAAGUCCACAAAACAAAAUCUCAAGAAAGGUCAUCGACUGACGAUCGCUCCGAAAAAGCCUGUUGCAAUACAACAAGCUAA